AUGACCCAACUAUCCUUCAUCACCCUCGAUGUCUUCACAACCAAACCCUUCAGCGGCAACCCGCUCGCCGUAGUCUUCCUCCCCGAAGACCCAACCCACCAACUCACCCAGCGCCAAAAGCACAUCCUAACUCUGGAAUUCAACCUCUCCGAAACCAUCUUCGUCCACCCAGUGACAGACCCCAAAAAGCGUACUAUCGAUAUCUUCACCAUCGAAGGCGAACUUCCCUUUGCGGGGCAUCCCACCAUUGGCGCCGCAAAUUGGUUCCUCUGUCAAUCCCCCAGCGAGAAUGGCAUCGCGGAGCAAGUCACCAGCUUAAUCACUAAAUCCGGCGAAAUCCCAAUUUCCAUCCAAGACGCAUCAACAGGAACCGUUGCCGCCAAGAUCGCGCAUAACACACACAUCCAUGCAAACCGCUACCCACUCUCAGACCUCCUCUACCUGCACCCCACACUGAAACCCUACUUCCCCGCCGACACAACUUUCCCCCUCUUCUCAAUCGUCAACGGCAUGAGCCAAGUCUUCAUCGAACUCCCCACCCUCGAAGCUCUAUCCGCCGUAAGCCGGGCUACAGGCGGGGACCUCGUUUCCGUCACGCAGCACCUAGAUUCCGGCUGGCAAUCGGGCCUGAUCUGCGUGUAUUUCUUUGUCCGGGACGUCGAUGACGAUGUUACGGGAAAGAAGGUGAUUCGGACAAGGAUGAUGUUGGGGGCACUUGAGGAUCCGGCGACGGGGAGUUCGGCGAGUGGACUUGCGGCUUGGUUGGCGUUGACGGAGGGGAAGGGUGGGGAGGAGAUUCGGAGCUAUUUUGUGCAGGGGGUUGAGAUGGGGAGGAGAAGUGAUAUUGGGGUUAAUGUUAAGUUGGAUGGGGAGGGGGGGGAUUAA